AUUAGCACUUAGCCGCCAUCAGGGAUCAGUUAACCUUGUCUUCCUUUGUCUCCAUCUCCAAAACAAUAAAGCCUCCCAUUUCGAGCCGUUCUUUUUGUUUUUUUUUCGUGGUUUGUGCCCUUCUCCGAUUCCAUUGUGGGUCCAAGUGUAGAAUUCCAUAAAACAUGGAGGGACUGCCAGUGCCACCUUUUUCACCUUUUCCACUAUCUUUCUUUCUUUCAUUUUAAUCUGUUCUUCACGCCGCGCGUGUCGAGUCUUUAUCCCAUCGAACACGAGUCACCACGUUUCGCCUCGCUUCGGCUUUUGUUCCUUUGUCUUCAAUUCCUUUGUCUGCUCACUUAGAACCCCCUGGCCACGACUACAAAUCCUCCCACCACUUGAUCUUCCAUACUCAUUCAUCUUCAACAUCUCCCAUCAUGUCUUUCAACGUCUCUGCUGGGCUUGCACCUCUUCAUCCAGUCGUCGACGACACAGCACCAGUGCCGCUCCCACCCCAUCAUCUCCGAAACCUCCACGCCAUACUUCAACGAGCAAACGACUUUUACCACCAGCUGGCGAUUGCCACUCGUGAUUCCCGUAGACCCACCCAUCACGCCAAAUCGUACGCCUCCAAAAUUGGCCUGACUGUCGAUAUUAACAAGGCCGCCAACUGUCCUCAACGCGAGGUCUCUCGUAUUCCUCUUCCCAUUGUCGACACCACCCUUGGUCCAAAUACACCUUCCGCUAGGUCGGCGGUACAAGAUUUGUAUGGACCUUUCGACGAAUACCGUGUGGUUGGAUCUGGCCCAGUUAUUUCUUAUGAUAUUUCCGGCGUAUGUCAUCCAGCAGCGCCACCGAAGCGUCGAUCGACGAAAGAUCUUCCUCCCAUCAUUAUCCCUGCGGUUGGCUCCGAUCGCCGACGGGUAGCCACUGCCCAAGAGAAGAUCGUGGAGAUGUAUGUCUCCCCGACUCAACCCUCGUCUUAUUUCUCCGCCAUCACUCCUGAUACCAAUGUACACGAAACACCGGUGUUCAACAUCCAUAUUUGGGACUCCGCAAUGUCAUUGCAACACACGGAACGCAUCGUAUCUGACCAUGUUAUUCUGGGUGACGACAAGGAUAAAAUCGGUGAGGAGAUCAUCUUGACGCCGAUGUCUGCAAUGAGUGAAGGUGAUUCCGACUGGGAAGAUGAUAAGGAUAAUGGAUUUGUGCUUGAAGAGAUGGAUUGCUCGCAGGAUAUGGAGUUAUACUAUCCUGCUCCAACCUCGUCUGUCUCUUUGUCUUCCGGUUCGUCCAACUCCGGUUCCACAAGUUCAACGUCCUUCAGUGGACUCGCUACGCCCUCUGAGGGCUCACCAAUUACGGUCUGUAAUAAGCACCAGUUGGAAUAUCAACACGAGAUUACACUCGGCAGCAAGCCGCCCAAGCUCGUCCGCAAGGAUAUUCAGAUGGGGAUUUCUUCCACUCUUUGAACACUUUACCCCCGCCCAAAAUCAAAACACCCUUUGAAGGUCCUCACCGACAUCUACAAGAUGUCGUUUACGAAAUCAGAAGUGAAAAUUGUAACGAUUAUGCCGUGCCGACCGUCAUUCGUUGUCCUCCGUUUUUCUUUCGAACUAUAUUAUAUCCAGUUUUAACAUGAAGGUUUUGUUUAUUUAAUGUCUUGCUGCCGUCGACUUCUUGCUUUGUGUAAUUAAUAUUUGACUGUAUCCAUUAUUUAAUCGUCCUCAAGUUGGUGCCUACCGUUCACUAUUUGAAA